GGUGCCCCGCGGCACCUUCCCAGACUGCGCCCCGAUGCUGCUGCGCGGCCUGACCACCGCCCUGCGCCUUCCGCGUCCCUGGAGGCCUCUUGAGGCCCGUGGCUGCGCCUCCAGCUUUGGGGCGGCAAACCGUGAGAUCCAAGUGUGCGCUCUGGAGGGUCAAGACCAAGGAAUCACUGAGAUUCUGAUGAACAGACCGAGUGCCCGCAAUGCCCUGGGGAAUGUCUUCGUCAGUGAGUUGCUGGAAGCUCUGGCCCAGCUGCGGGAAGACCGGCAAGUGCGUGUCCUGAUCUUCAGAAGUGGAGUGAAGGGUGUGUUCUGUGCAGGUGCUGACCUGAAGGAGCGGGAGCAGAUGAGUGAGGCGGAGGUGGGGAUCUUUGUCCAGCGGCUCCGAGGCCUGAUGAAUGAGAUUGCAGCCUUCCCUGCACCCACCAUUGCAGCCAUGGAUGGGUUUGCCUUGGGUGGAGGCCUGGAACUUGCCCUGGCCUGUGACCUCCGAGUGGCAGCAGCUUCCUCGGCUGUCAUGGGGCUGAUUGAGACCACUCGAGGGCUCCUCCCAGGAGCAGGAGGGACUCAGAGGCUGCCUCGAUGCCUGGGGGUGGCCCUGGCGAAGGAGCUCAUCUUCACAGGCCGACGACUGAGUGGAGCGCAGGCCCAGGCUCUGGGGCUGGUGAACCACGCCGUGGCCCAGAAUGAAGAGGGCAAUGCCGCCUACCACCGGGCACUAGCACUGGCCCAGGAGAUACUGCCCCAGGCCCCCAUUGCUGUGCGGCUGGGCAAAACAGCCAUUGACCGAGGGAUAGAGGUGGACAUCGCAUCAGGGAUGGCCAUUGAAGGGAUAUGCUAUGCCCAGAACAUCCCGACUCGGGAUCGGCUGGAAGGCAUGGCUGCCUUCAGGGAGAAGCGGCCCCCCAAAUUUGUUGGCGAGUGACUUCCUUUUAACCUUAAGCAUGGGGGAUGCAUACAUUACAGGGCAGGAUCCAGAAGGACAAUUUGCAGCAUGACUGCCCUCAUCAUUUCACCUCUCUAGGCUUCAGUUUCCUCACAAGAAGGAUGACGGAUAUAAAAUGAGUGGCAUGGUACCUGGUACUAAGGUGCUGACUGCGCCACCCAACUGGUACCUUCAUUAUUCUUCACCCAGGCUAGACAAUCACUGGGGUCGAGUUGGCUUUGGAGAAUACCUGUCACUCCCUAAUAGAACGAUAAACUAAGGAUAAGACAGACCCCUCUCAGCCUUUAUACAGCUGGCACUCAAGCCUGACCUCUGCAUCUCAGUUAUUAGGUGCUCACCAGAGAUGGCAGGAGGUUGUAAGAACUACCCCAACUGCUGUGCUUCUUCCUCUGCACAACAGAGAUGAUAAGGAAACCCUGGUAGUGGUUGAACAGGCCCAGCUCUCUGCCAGUUACUCACUGUGUGCCUCAGCCUCCUCAUCUAUAAUGAAACUGUUGUGAGGAUUUAAACAAUAAUAAUAAAAUGCCUGAUGUUC